AUGAUUCUAGGAACAAUCCUCACCGCCCUUUCAAUUCUAUCCAUAAGCCUCUAUCGAAGAAGCCAAUUAAACAAAAGAAAGAAAGGGGACGAUGACCUUAUGCUUGAACAGCCUUCUUCUCAAAAGAAGCGAAGACGACUCGAAGAGGGAGAGGCCGAAGGGGGAAAUGGAAAUAAGGCGGAAGGAAAUGGGGAUGCACCUCUUCUUCAAGAAAAGGAGGCUCCUAUAACCCUUGAAUUUGAAGGAAUUCAAGUAAGCUUAGCCCCUGUACAGGAUGGGGGGGAAGUUCAAUUAGAAGAGAAUGACCCCCUUUUUGACUUUCCACUUGCUAACGAACUUCUACCUCAGCUAAAUGCAAACCUUGACCCGGAGUUGGAGGAAAACGAAGUCUUUCCUAAUCUAUCUCAUAGUAUUACUAUGAGAAUAUGGGCUCUUCUCGAAGGAGAUGCCGCUAAUUCUCCUUCCUUAGGUGUCAAAUGUGAUUGA